AAGACAACCACCUAAUUGGCACAUUCUCAACAAUAAACACUAAAUUGUGAUACAUAUCAAUAUCUUAUAACUAUUUACACUAACAUAUUGUUACUUCAAUGGCUUCAAGUUCAUCUUGGACACCAAAACAGAACAAAAGAUUUGAGAAUGCUUUGGCCAUCUAUGACAAGGACACACCAGAUCGUUGGCAGAAGCUAGCAAGAGCUGUUGGAGGGAAAACGGUGGAAGAAGUGAAAAGACAUUAUGAGAUUCUAGUUGAAGAUUUGAAGCAUAUUGAGCAAGGUCUUGUUCCCCUACCUAAAUAUAGAAAUGCUUCAACUAUAGGAAGUAGCAUUAAAAGUUACUCUUAUAUAGAUGAAGAACAAAGGUUGAAGGUUCUAAGUCUUCAGUGAAGUAUUGACAGAAGCAGAGCAAAAUUUGGUGGAGAAGAAAAUGAGAAAUAUUUGUGUAUCAUAACAAUUAAGUUAAUUUAACGAAGACCAAAAUGCAUGCAUAUAAGACCAAAAAUCUAAUGUUUUUUGGUUCUUUUUACUUUCUAUAUAUGUCUAUUAUCAUUAAUUGUAUCCAUGAUGUGUAACAUUAUAAAUGUGUAAAUUAAUUAUCUCAAGGACAUGUGAACAACUUGGUCAUGAUGAUAUGGUAAAGCAUUGGCCAUUGACUAUAAA